GGUGACGAGAUCAAGAGAAUCUUCACCCUGUACCAAGACAUUGUUUACAAUUUUAACACCCCCCCACUCCCCCAGGGUGACGAGAUCAAGAGAAUCUUCACCCUGUACCAAGACAUUGUUAACAAUUUUAACAUCCCCCUCCCCCACCCCCCUCCACAGGAUGACGAGAUCAAGAGAAUCUUCACCCUGUACCAAGACAUUGGUGACGAGAUCAAGAGAAUUUUCACCCUGUACCACAUUGUUAAUAAUUUUAACAUCCCCCCUCCCUCACCCCCAAUCCCCAGGGGUGACGAGAUCAAGAGAAUCUUCACCCUGUACCAAGACAUUGGUGACGAGAUCAAGAGAAUCUUCACCCUGUACCAAGACAUUGGUGACGAGAUCAAGAGAAUCUUCACCCUGUACCAAGACAUUGUUAACAAUUUUAACAUCCCCCUCCCUCACCCCCAUCCCCAGGGUGACGAGAUCAAGAGAAUCUUCACCCUGUACCAAGACAUUGGUGACGAGAUCAAGAGAAUCUUCACCCUGUACCAAGACAUUGUUAACAAUUUUAACAUCCCCCCCACUCCCCAGGGUGACGAGAUUAAGAGAAUCUUCACCCUGUACCAAGACAUUGGUGACGAGAUCAAGAGAAUCUUCACCCUGUACCAAGACAUAGCCUGCAACUUCACCGUCCUGACCCUUCUGCCCUACAACGGCACCAUGGACGCCAGCCAAUACAGCCGCCUGGACUAUGCCCUGGCCAGUGAUGCCCUGAGACUGGUCACCGAGUCCUACAUGCUAGUGGACGAGACGGCUGCCGCUAGAAACUUGACACUCAACGAUGAAAACGUCAAGUUCUACAUGAACAAGACCAUCGACAAUAAUAGUGCUAUCGGCCAUACUGGAAUUCUGCAAUUUGACUCGGACGGGAAACGAAACAAUGUUUCAUUUGCUCUGACGUCAGUCACGGGAACUGACAGUUACCCGAGAGGCCACUGGUACUCCGUACCUUAUAUUUUGGACAGGCACAUCAAAUUCUAUGACGAAAAACAUCCUUUGAACAGAUCCACACCUUUCCCUCUCAGGGGUAGAAGAGCUAAAGUUGUUAUGAUAGAGGAGCGACCUUUCACAAUGCUAAAACGGGACCAUAUGUUAAAAAGGGGAAAUGACAGAUUUGAGGGCUUUGCUGUAGAUCUGAUUGAAGAAGUCGCAAAAAUGCUGGAGUUUGAUUACGAUAUUUACCUAGUGAAUGAUGGGAAAUUUGGCAGCAAGAUGCCCAAUGGCGAGUGGAAUGGUAUGAUAGGAGAACUGCUAGCUGGGAAUGCCACCAUGUCCGUAGCGCCUCUCUCAAUCAACGCCCAGCGCGAGGAAGCCGUAGACUUCACCAAGCCAUUCAAGACUCGCUACAUCUCCGUGCUCAUGAAAAUCCCCACGCGGGAAACUUCCUACUUCGAGUUCCUGAACCCCUUGUCUCCAAUUGUGUGGAUCUGUACCCUCUGUGCCUUUGUUAUUGUUAGUGUCAUCCUGUAUGCCUUAGAGAGGGUGGGCCGCAGCAAAAGCAGGAGUCCUGACAGCCUGGAGAUAACUGUCAGGGAAUCUUUCUGGUUUAUUUUUGGAUCCUUGCUGCAAGGUAACACAGACUCUACGCCUUCAACAAUACCUGGGAGGAUCCUCACAAGUGCUUGGUGGUUUUUUGCCCUCAUCCUCAUCUCCUCUUACACAGCCAAUCUGGCAGCCUUCCUUACAGUCAAAAAAAUUAACACACCAAUCAAGUCUGUGACAGACUUGGCGCAACAAACAAAAAUAAAAUAUGGCACUGUCAAGGACAGUGGCAUCAUGUCUUUCUUCAAAAACACCAACAUAGAGCACUUUUCCAAGAUGUGGUCGCAGAUGUCUGAAAUAGACCCAGACUCCAUGGUGGAGAACACUUUAGAGGGUUAUAAAAAAGUCAAGAAUGGGAACUAUGCAUUUUUUUGGGACACCACAGUCAACAGAUAUCAGGCUAUCAUUGACUGUGAGGUGAUGGAGAUUGGACCACCAUUUGAUCCUAAAGGGUUUGGGAUAGGAGUUCCACCAGGGGCGACAUACAGGGAGGAGCUAUCAAUGGCAAUUUUAAGACUUAGUGAUAAAGGGAGGCUACAUGAGUUGGAAACAAAAUGGUGGGACAGUGGAACAUGUCCUGACUUAACCAAAGCAUCAACAGAUGAGACAGCCUCCCUCCAAAUAGAAAAUGUGGCUGGUGUUUUCUUCAUCCUAGUGGGUGGUAUCAUCAUCGCAGCCAUUGUUUGUCUGGGGGAAUACUUUGCCAACGCUAUGAUCAGAGCUUCAAAACAAGCAAGCAAAAAAAGGAAAGAGACUAAUCAGAAUGGUCUUGAAGCACCUGCAUUUCUGUAGAAUAAAUUUGUUUCUCUAAUUUUUUACAAAUCAAAUCAUGUUUGAAAAAUAAAUGUAAUAAACUUGGACCAAGUUUGGUAAACUAAAAAGCUGCAUUUAUGUAGAAUAAAUU